UGCCGCAGCCUGGAAUGUGUCGAUCUCGCGUCACGUGACUCCAGAUCCAAAAUGGCCGCGUCGGUGUUUUGACGAAUAAUACUUUUGUGUUUGUUUCAUUCUUAAUAGAAACCGAUUAUAACCCUACCAUAUCGGGGGAAAAAAGAAUCAGCCACGCGCGUUUGAUGUUUUAAUAUAAAGAUUUAAAUUAGACAAUCACAGCUCAUUGAUAUUUGUUUUAUGGUUCAGACUAUGCACUUUUGGUGUUUAUAAGGAAGCUAGCUGACUGGCUAGCAACAUAAUUAAGCUGAAAAUUAAAAGAAAGGCGAUGGAGCAGCUCAGUCCUGAAGAGAUCCGUAGAAGGCGACUGGCCCGGUUAGCUGGAGGGCAGACGUCACAGCCCAGCACCCCCCUCAGCACCCCUUUGACAUCUCCACAGAGAGAGACUCCCCCAGGACCCUUGCCAGGGCCCUCCGGGGCCUCUUCACAGCCUGUCCCACCAGCUCCAUCUCACACUCUGGGCUUAAAUGCCCAAAAUGUCACCCCUGCCACCUCUCCUGUGGGGGCCUCGGGGGUUGCUUACCGCAGCCAGAGCAGCGAGGGGGUCAGCUCUCUCUCCAGCUCUCCAUCUAACAGUCUGGAGACACAGUCCCAAUCCCUGUCCCGCUCCCAGAGCAUGGACAUCGACACAGCCUCCUGCGAGAAGAGCAUGUCCCAAGUAGAUGUGGACUCAGGAAUUGAGAAUAUGGAGGUGGAAGAAAGUGAUCGCAGCGAGAAAAGGAACCUGGCUGAAAAGGAUUCCUCAUCCAGUAAGAUCUUGCGUGUUUCCUGGAAGGAGCAGGACCGUGAUGUCAUCUUCCUCCCCUCACUUGCUGCUGAAUUCCAGAAGAACCCUGGAGAUGUUUACUCUGACUUCAGAGACCUGAUUGGACAGAUUUUAAUGGAGGCUCUCAUGAUGUCCACCCGUUCGCGUGACUGUAACCCAUUCGCCAGCUUGACCGCCACAUCUCAGCCAAUUACUGCUGCCAGAUCCCCGGACUGUCAUCUGACUCUAGUCCCACCCUCCAGCCAGAGCGGCAGUCCCAUGAUGCCCUGCGCUGGUUCAUUCGGUGCCAGCUCUCUUUCCAGUCUCUACGGUUGUAGCCCAAACCCACUCGCUCUGAGCUCUGCCAGAAUGAGUGCUCCUUCAGUCCCACUGGCUCCUGCAGCCGCCCUCCCGGGUCCCCCCAGUCCUCCUGUCUCUCGCCCUCCCGCCAGCCUUCCACCUCCCUCUCCAUCCACCCCUCUGCCCAUCUCCCAGAGAUACAGGCCCUACUCCCUUAGCUCGUCCAUCCCCAUAAGCCCAAGCCACAGAUCUACUCAAUCUGGUAUGCUUACGCCCCCUACAACUUCAGGUAUACCCUCCAGCCCUUCCCCCAGACACCGUAGCACCAACUCCUCCGUGCCUUUCCCCAUCCUCCCCGGCUCCCCCAGCACUAUGGCCAGAAGGACUGCGCUAGCUGCCCGGAUGCCGUCUAGCCCUUUCUCCCUCCUCUUCUUCGGCAUGUCCGACUUGCCUCAGGACAGCAGUGAUGAAGAGCUGGAGGAAGAGGAAGAUGAGGAUUUUUCAGGGGUUCAGUUUGGGUCCAGCCUGGGUGCAUCCGGAGGGGGGAUGGCUGGUGACUCAGGUAACGACCGCUUUACCAUAGAGUCCUGUAAAGAGACGGAGAUGCUCAACUACCUCAUCGAGCGUUUUGACAGUGUGGGAAUGGAAGAGAGGAAGGCCCUAAAGAUGUGCAGCCAGCCAGCAGUCAGUCAGCUGCUUAGCAACAUUCGUUCCCAGUGCAUUUCCCAUGCUGCACUAGUGCUUCAAGGUACCCUCACACAGCCCAGGGCCCCUCUACAGCCCUCGCUGCUGGUUCCCUACAUGCUGUGCCGGAACCUUCCGUACGGCUUCAUCCAGGAGUUGGUGCGCAUGACUCAUCAGGAGGAGGAUGUGUUUAAACAGAUCUUCGUUCCCAUUCUUCAAGGGCUCACUUUAGCUGUAAAAGAAUGUUCUUUUGACAGUGACAACUUCAAGUUCCCUCUAAUGGCUUUGGUUGAGCUCUGUGAAAUCAAGUUUGGGAAGACUCACCCUGUAUGCAAUUUGAUCACCUCUCUGCCAUUGUGGUGUCCUGACCCUCUCAGUCCCGGGACAGGAAGAGAAAUUCAAAGACUCUCCUUUCUCGGCGCAUUCUUCAGUCUUUCUGUGUUUGCAGAGGAUGACACUAAAGUGGGAGACAAGUUCUUCUCCGGCCCUGCCAUCACUGUGGAGAACACCCGUGUGGUCAGCCAGUCACUGCAGCAUUAUCUGGAGUCCGCGAGGGGAGAUCUGUUUAAAAUCCUGCACAACAUCUUGUUGAACGGAGAGACAAGGGAAGCAGCUCUGAGCUACAUGGCAGCUCUGGUGAAUCGUAAUGUGAAGAAGGCUCAAAUGCAGACCGAUGAUAAGCUGGUGUCCACCGACGGCUUCAUGAUGAACUUCCUGUGGGUGCUGCAGCAGCUCAGUAUGAAGAUCAAGCUGGAUACAGUGGAUGCUCUCUACAUCUUCCACCCCAAGUGUCGGCUGAAUGUCAGCACGGAAGAGACCCGGCUCAAUGCCACGAUGGAGGACCUAAAGAGCUGGCUCUCUGAGCUGCAUGAAGACCCAUCCAAGUUCUCCGAGCCCAAGUUCCCUACAGAGUGCUUUUUCUUAACGCUACACGCACAUCAUCUGUCCAUCCUUCCGUGCUGUCGGCGCUACAUACGGAGGCUGAGGGCCAUCAGGGAUCUGAACAGAACUGUGGAAGAGCUGAAAAACAGUGAGAACCAGUGGAAGGAUUCCCCGUUGGCAAGUCGUCAUCGGGAGAUGCUGAAGAGAUGUAAAACACAGCUGAAGAAACUGGUGCGCUCUAAAGCCGCGCAGACGCAGGGCUGCUGGACGAGAACCUGCUGCAGAUGUCUGCAGUUCUUCAGUAUGGUCAUCCAGCUCAUCUUGCGUAUGGUGGAGCCUGCCUACCCAGGCGUAACCCUGCCUCUGAACCCAGAAAUCCCCAAAUGCUUUGCAGCACUGCCAGAGUUUUACAUUGAAGAUGUGGCCGAGUUCUUGCUAUUUAUUGUGCAGUACUUUCCACAGGUUCUCUAUGAGACGUGCACUGAAGACAUUGUGACCUUCCUGGUGGUCUUCAUUAGCAGUCAGAAUUACAUAAAGAACCCAUACUUGAUCGCCAAGCUGGUGGAGGUGCUGUUUGUCACCAAUCCUGCAGUGCAGCCGCGCACUCAGCGAUUCUUUGAGAUGAUGGAGAAUCACCCACUGUCUAUCAAUCAGCUUGUGCCAGCUCUCAUGAAGUUUUACACCGAUGUGGAGCACACUGGAGCCACAAGCGAGUUCUAUGACAAGUUCACCAUCCGUUACCACAUCAGCACCAUAUUCAAAAGCCUGUGGCAAAACAUUAACCACCAAGGCACCUUCCUGGAGGAGUUCAACUCUGGUAAACAGUUUGUGCGCUACAUCAACAUGCUAAUUAACGAUACAACUUUUCUGCUGGACGAGAGUUUGGAGUCUCUGAAACGCAUCCAUGAGGUCCAGGAGGAGAUGAAGAAUAAAGAGCAAUGGGACCAGCUGCCCAGGGAUCAGCAGCAGAGCCGACAGUCCCAGCUGACUCAGGAUGAGAGAGUAUCACGAUCGUACCUGGCUUUAGCCACAGAGACAGUGGAUAUGUUCCAUAUCCUCACCAAACAGGUCCAGAAGCCCUUCCUCAGGCCUGAACUGGGUCCUCGUCUGGCUGCCAUGUUGAAUUAUAACCUGCAGCAGCUAUGUGGGCCUAAAUGUCGAGACUUGUAGGUGGAAAACCCAGAAAAAUAUGGUUUUGAGCCAAAGAAGCUCCUGGAUCAGCUCACUGACAUUUAUCUGCAGCUGGACUGUGCACGGUUUGCUAAAGCCAUUGCAGAUGACCAGCGGUCAUACAGCAGGGAGCUGUUUGAGGAGGUCAUUUCAAAAAUGAGAAAAGCGGGCAUAAAAUCCACCAUUGCUAUUGAGAAAUUCAAACUUCUGUUGGAAAAGGUGGAGGAGAUAGUAGCCCGCAAUUCUCAGUCUGAGAUGGAUUACAACGAUGCCCCAGAUGAGUUUAAAGAUUGAAAUUGUAUUUUUAAUUGGAAGAUUUUGGAUUGUCUUAUUAUUUAUCCCGUGCAACUUCCCUCUGGCAACAUCAUGGAUCGAGCCAUCAUUCUGCGACACCUCCUGAACUCUCCCACUGACCCCUUCAACAGACAGCCUCUCACCGAGAGCAUGCUGGAACCAGUCCCAGAGCUGAAGGAGCGUAUCCAGGCCUGGAUGAGAGGGAAGCAAAGUGGCCGUGUUUGAGUUUCCUCAGUGAGCCAAGCUUGCCCUGCAGUUCAAAUGUUUUCACCACGCUGGAAGUGAACUGAAGAAAGAGAGAGAGAAAGAGAAAUAAAAGAUGACAGUUCCCAAAUUGCCCCCCCCCCCCUUUUAUCCUCUUUAUCGAGCCACUGUCUGAAAGACUGUCUCAUGGUUCGAAAUUGAAGCAUAAUAAAGUUUAGAGUUUUGAAACAUUUUGAUUUUGAAUUUGUAUGUCUGCACAUACAUACCAAGAUGAAAGAGCACAGUUUCACACCCCGAAGUUAACACGUUUGGAUAUAUAAAGAAAUUGCUUACCAUUGUGUUUUAUUUGCAUUUUAGUCAUUCUCAUGGUAAGGGAAACACCGAGGAAGGGGAUCCAUUUCAUGUUUGUGAAGAAUGUUGUUAUGUAACACCAGUAUUUCCAUUUUUUUUUUUUCAUUUACACUCAGUAGAAUGACAAAACAUUGGAUGUAGUCAUGCAGUUUACUGUUCAGUCAAAAACCUGCUGUUUAUUUUAUACAGACGGAGGAAUACAACACAUUUUAAAUAAUCAAAUUAACAAGCUCUAGACUGUCUUGUAGAAAAUACAGUAGAUGUUGGUGUAAAUCGAUGGACACAUGCCAGUGGAGCAUCAGAUGGUGAUUGACUGUAUUAGAAUUUUGUUGGUUUGCGUAGAAAUCUCAUAUGUACACGGUGUGACUAAAAUUUCACUAAAAUCUGAAUCGGAGCUCAAUCCCAGGAUCAAAUCAAAGAAUGUGAAGCUGUGUUGUAACAUGAUUGUCAUAAAAAUGCGAGUGCAUCAUGUUGUUUUUUUUGUUCUGUUCUCCAACAUUUUUUGGAUCCUAAAGGUUCAUCAUCUCUUGUUGUUACUAUUAACCCCAGUUGUUGGACGUAAGAGUCUUUCCAGUGACUUAAAGGGUUUAUCUUUGCUACAAACCUCUUUUGGACCCAGCUCUUUGAACUGUAAUAAAUGGUAAUGCACACACAA